GCGUGAACUGCCUGGCCUAUGACGAAGCCAUCAUGGCACAGCAGGACCGGAUCCAGCAAGAGAUCGCAGUGCAGAACCCACUGGUGUCAGAGCAGCUGGAGCUGGCAGUGCUGUAUAAGGAGUACGCCGAGGACGACCACAUCUACCAGCAGAAGAUCAAGGACCUGCUCCAGAAGUAUUCCUACAUCCGGAAGACGCGGCCGGACGGGAACUGCUUCUACCGCGCCUUUGGCUUCGCCCACCUGGAGGCUCUGCUGGAGGACGGGCAGGAGCUGCAGCGGUUCAAGGAGGUGUCUGCCCGCAGCAAGGAGGAGCUGGUGGCACAGGGGUUCACCGAAUUCACCAUCGAGGACUUCCACAACACGUUCAUGGAGCUGAUUGAGCGGGGGGAGCGCCGCGUGCCACUGCCGGAGCUGCUGGCGGCCUUCAACGAGCCCAGCACCUCCGACUACCUGGUGGUCUACCUGCGCCUGCUCACCUCGGGCUGCCUCCAGCGCCACCGCCGCUUCUUCGAGCAGUUCCUGGAGGGCGGCCGCAGCAUCAAGGAGUUCUGCCAACAGGAGGUGGAACCCAUGUGUAAGGAGAGCGACCACAUCCACAUCAUCGCCCUGGCACGAGCUUUGCACGUCUCCAUCCUGGUGGAAUACAUGGACCGG